UACGGCUGGCGCCAGAGCGGAGCCGCGAGGAUGGCGGAGGUGGUACCCUUUGCGGUUCCCACUGAGAGCGACAAAACCUUGCUGGUGUGGGAGCUGAGCUGCGGCCCCUCGGCCGAGGACUUACAAGUGAGCGCGGGCCGGGGUGGAGGGUGCGGCGGAGACAGCCGCCUGGCCCCAGCGGAGACCCCGAGAGGGGCCUCUGCACAGCCGGCCCGCGGCGUCUGCAGGUGCUUCUCGGGGCUCAGGCUGUAGGAAGAAAGUGCGUUCACGAAAUGAGAAGGCUCCUGGGAGGAGCAGGGCGGAGGCAGGCGGGAGGCGCAGCCCUGGGUGGGGGGCGUCAGGGUCCUGCUGGGGCUUACUCGGCGCGGGGCCACGCACAGCGCUCUCUCUUCGCAGCGUUCUCCCGGUUCGGCCUUCUGUAUUCAGUGCGGGUCUUCCCAAACGCCGCCGUGGCCGGUCCUGGUUUCUAUGCCAUCAUCAAGUUCUAUUCCGCGAGGGACGCGCGCAGAGCCCAGGCGGCCUGUGACCGGAAGCUGCUUUUCCAGGAGACUCCAGUGAAGGUUCGUCUUGGCACCAGACAUAAGGCAGUUCAACAUCAGGCCCUCGCCCUAAAUGGCUCCCGAUGCCAAGAGCUGGCAAACUACUACUUGGGUUUCAAUGGGUGGUCAAAAAGGAUCAUCAAGCUGCAGGAGCUCUCCGCCCUUGAAGAGAGGGAAAAUGAAGAGACCGCGCGGCGGCUUGCGGAGCGGAGCCUGAAGGUCUUCUGUGCCUUGGAGGUGGUGCUGCCAUCCUACGAGUGCUCGAGUCGUGGGGUCGGCGUGGCCGAGGAGCCCCUGGAUACGCUGCAGGAGGAAGGACCAUUGUUGUUCCUUAUGAAGAAGAAGACAGCCCAGAACCUUGCCAUUCAGAAGGCUUUGUCAAAUGCGUUCCAGAAACUGUCGAUUGUGGUUUUAGUGGCCUUCGUGACUGUGACCUCCUGCUCCGCACUGGUGCUGCGGCUCAUUGCCACGCUCCUCUUCUUGGCCUUCCGGCACUUGGCCGCGUGUGGCGAGCUGAAGACUGCAAGAAUCCUGCGAAGCAGUGCACUCCCUGAACCCUCUUGUACUUCCAGAGCAGCUCAUGGAGCUGUGCUUCUGCAUCGUGCUACUUGGUGCAACAGAGUGGCCUGCGCUGCUGGUCUCUGCGUGCCCCUCUUGGCAUCCCACAUCUGGAGGUGUACGAGUAGACCAGUGAUGAGUGGGCCGGGACUCUGUGGCCCCACAGCCAUCACAAAUGCAGAUAUCCUAAUGUCCUCACACAUUGUCAGAAAGAAGCAUGGUGCACAGUAGCUUUUUAUAGCAUUUUUUUUAACUCCCUGAACUGCAUGAGCUGCGCUCUGUGAGCUCUUAGAAUAACACAUGGAAAGAUUGGUCCAGUUAAGUGUAUGCAGAAGGCCAUGCGGUAAACCACCACAUGAAGGGAUUCCUUCCAGCAAGAGUAGGCUACAGAAGCUGACCAUUCACUUUUAAAAAUGACCUCUUAUUUUUUAAAUAGUGCCAUGUUUUUGACUUCUGGAAAGGCUGUUUACAAAUGUUACACUCAGAUAAAGAAUUUAAAUGGAAUUACAUAUGAAAUAACAUAACAUUACCCCUGGUGCUGACAGGUUUGAACUUGGACUCUAAGGGACAGCCCUAAUCCUCUGAAUGAUUGCAUCGAUUACUGACUGGCCUUAGUCCACUGGGAGCUUUUCUUUAUAGGAACUUCUAGGGCUUAUUUUGGUUUUAUUGAAAUGCCUUCUAAUUAUAAAUUAGCUGUAGCUAUAAGGUGCUUCUGAUGAACUAAAAGUGUACAUCUGGGGCUCAGCAGGUUAAGCCACCACUUGUGACUCCAGCAUACUGGGAGUGCCAGUUCGAGUCCCUGCUGCUGCUGCUUCCUAUCCAGCUUCCUGUCAGUACACCUGGGAAAGCAGUUGAUGUCCCAAGUGCUUGGGCCCCUGCCAUCUAUAUGGGAGAACCAGAUGGAGUACAAGUUCGUGGCUUCAGCCAUCCUGCAGUGCCUUUAGUGCAGUACAAUAAAAGUCUGAAAUUAAGACUUACUUUCAAAAGAAGAAAAAAAACUUAUUUUCAGUACAUGCUUUUAAAGAUUACAGAUAACCAUUUCUUAAACUUACUCUCAUUAAAACCAAAAGAACCAAAAGUCUAGGUUGUUUAUCUCUCCUUAAUAGGCUAUGGUAUGCCUUGAAUACACUGUACACUCAGCACUCCUUAGAGAAAAAAAAAAAUUUAUUAUUCAAAAUGCAGAGUUACAGAGAGGCAGAGGCAGAGCGAGUGAGAGAAAGGUCUUCCAUCUACUGGUUCACUCCCCAAAUGGCUGCAACAGCCAGAGCUGCACUGAUCCAAAGCCAGGAGCCAGGACCUUCUUCUGGGUCUCCCAUGUGGGUGCAGGGGCCAAAGCACUUGGGCCAUCUUCUACUGCUUUCCCAGGCCACAGCAGAGAGCUGGAUUGGAAGUGGAGCAGCCAGGACUUGAACUGGCGCCCAUGUAAGUGCCAGCACUGCAGGUGGUGGCUUCACCUACUACACCACAGUGCUGGCCCCUCUAACUUGCUUUUGAGGGGAGUUGUAUUGUCUAUAAAGUAUGUGAACCAGUAUCACCCAAUGAAAUGCUCAAAUGCUCUCCCCAAAGCUUUGCUCAUUGUAUCUGGUGGAAGUUUGCUUCCCAGGGUGUCCGCAACUGCCUCUGGCUUGUAAUAUGAAGUGUGUUAGUUCCAGGGCUUCUAUCCCAGAUUUGAAUUCACUUUGACCCCCAUCUGAUAUCUGACUGUUUAAUCAUAUUGUGAUUGAACAUUUUUGUUUCCACAUUUUAAAAUUUCUAUAUAAUUAUUCCUUAGUGUCUACCUCUAAGAUCACAUAGUGCUUUGAGCCAAGCAUAAUUGAUAUGUCAUGCAUUCCUUAAAGGUUUAAAACUGGUGUGGAGGCCAGCAUUGUGGCAUAGUGAGUGGGGCUGCUGCCUUCAACUCCAGCAUCCCAUAUGGGCACCGGUUUGUGUCCUGACUGCUCCACUUCCUAUCCAGCUCCCUGCUCGUAGCCUGGGAAAGCAGCAGAGGAUGGCCCAAGUGCUUGGGCCCCUGCCGCCCAUGUGGGAGACCUGGAAGAAGUUCCUAGCUCCUGGCUUCAGCCUGGCCUGGUCCUGCUGUUGCGACCACUUGGGGAGCGAACCAGCAGAUGGAAGAUAUCUCUGUAACUCUGACUUUCAAAUAAAUAAACCAUUAAAAAAAAAAAAA